AUCAAAUGCUCGCGGAGUCUUCAUCCCUCCCAUUUGUUUACCUUCCACCUGUGUCGCACUACUUUUCUCCGGUCUACAAAGCCGUCACACUCCUGUGGCCUGUGCCGGCGAACUGCUUUCCUCAAAGCCUCUCUCCUCUACCUAGCUGCUCUCUCGCAUCCACAUUCUCCUCGUUUCAGCGGCCAGCUCGAGAUGGCAAUAGACCAUGCGUCCCCUCUGGCACUGAAGAGCAGCGGCGACAAGGGAGGAGCGGAGUGCGAGGAGGAGGAGGAUGCGGGGAACCAGCGGUGGCCGCCGUGGCUGAAGCCGCUGCUGGCGACGAGCUUCUUCGUGCAAUGCAGGGUCCACGCGGACGCGCACAAGAGCGAGUGCAACAUGUACUGCCUGGACUGCGCCAACGGCGCGCUGUGCCCGCUGUGCCUCGCCGGCCACCGCGGCCACCACGCCAUCCAGGUGCGGCGGUCGUCGUACCACGACGUGGUCCGGGCGUCGGAGAUCCAGCGGGUGCUGGACAUCGGCGGCGUGCAGACGUACGUCAUCAACAGCGCGCGCGUGGUGUUCCUGAACGAGCGGCCGCAGCCGAGGCCCGGCAAGGGCGUCACCAACACCUGCGAGGUCUGCGAGCGCAGCCUCCUCGACACCUUCCGCUUCUGCUCCCUCGGGUGCAAGAUUGUAGGCACUUCUGGCGGCUACCGGCCGAGGAAGAAACAAAGCAGCAGCGGCGGCAACGGCAGCGGCAGCAGGAAGAAGAAGAAGAGAGCGGCGCUCAAGGACGCGCGGUCGGAGUCGGAGCACUCGUGCACCAGCACCAGCGGCGGCGGCAGCAGCGACAAGAGCAGCGUGGUGCAGAGCUUCACGCCGUCCACCCCGCCGGCCGCCUCCAGCAGCUGCCGCACCGGCAGCAAGCGCCGGAAGGGCGUCCCGCACCGGUCGCCGUUCGGCAGCCUCAUCGUGGAGCUCUAGGACGGCGCGCGUGGCGAAGCGCGCUCGUGUCUGCCGGCCCUGAUCAACAACACUCUGUAGCAUACUGUAUACACUAGACAUGACAUAGCCAAGAGCCCAACCAAGAAGGUAAUAACUGCGCGCCCUGGACGGCGAGCCGUGUGCUGCGCUUCGAGGUCAGCCGCCGGCCGGCGUAAUAGUGCAGGGGAGAGACUUCGCUAUAGCUUGUUUUACUUUCAGUUUCAAAUUUUAGCUACAGUUGAGCUAUAGCUAGUUAGUAGUAUCAGUAACGACGACGACUAAGCUUUUUGAAUUUGUAAUAUAUAACCUCCACAUGGUAGAUCGUAGAUGUACAUAGAAGAUGUGUAUCCCAGAUGUGGAGCAGGACUGCAGGGGGCAGUGGCAGUAUGUGCAGGGGCCAAGAAAUAAGAAAUGCUGCUCUCAGUUA